AUGACAAGCCAUUUGAUGAAAGAAAUUAAUCACCUUGAUGGGGAGAUAAUUGAAAUAGAAGAUCCCUCUACAGGUGAGUCUAGAAAAUUUCAGAUUGUUGUUGCAGAGUUUUUAUGGGACACAGUCGAGAAGAUGUAUUCCUUGCAACUCAUGAAAGAAGAAUGUAGCCGUUGUGAAGGAAUUUAUGAUAAUCAACAUAAAACACCAGAUUGUUUAUUUGGAGCGUCUACGAUAGAAGAUCCAAAGUAUGUCACGCAUUUCGAGAAAAGAAAUAUAUUUGAAGCAAACACUGUUAUUAAUAGCAUCGAUUUAAGAUCAAAUGACAGAACAAAGGACAAGGGUUUUAAACCCUUAAUAUGGGAAGAAAUGCAAUUCAAAGAUUUGAAAUUAUCUAAAGCGAAAAUAACGCAAAAAUUGCGAGAAUUACCUGCUCUGCAUAUCAUAGAUAAUCCUUUUUUAAAAUAUCCUAAUACUGUGGAUGCAUUUCACAAAGCCUUAAUUGAUUUUUUCCAUUUAGAGAUGUUUCCUAUAUGUAUCACCUCAAAUGCAUUCCACAACUAA